CAAAGAAGUAGCCUUUUCAUUUCCAAGUAUUUUUUUUUAAUCUUCUCUUUCUUUUCUUUUUUCAAAGGUCCUGGAAUCAUGUCUGCAAACAAGGCAGAGACAGGAACAGCAGAAUAUUCUCCUCCAAGCCCAAACCCAUUGAAAAAAGGUGGCUCGAUAAACUGGUCUUUCCCUGAUAAAAUAAAAUCCCCAAGAACAGUCAGGAAACUUUCCAUGAAGAUGAAAAAAUUGCCUGAACUCAGCAGGAAGCUCAGUGUCAAAGGAAAUUCAAGCCAUAAUAGCUCAGACAAUUCUUUGUUGCUUAAAAAUAAUUGCCAGGAGGUAGGCCAUGCACCGUUAGCUUCUUCUGGGAAUGUAACAGCAGCUGCUAGCAGGAAUGUUAUAAGCCGGUAUCAUCUUGAUAGCAGUGUAUCCUCUCAACACAGCUAUAAAAAGAAAAACAGGGGGACUUCCAAAUCCUCCAGCAAAGGGGGCUACCUCAGCGAUGGAGACUCUCCUGAGCUUAUAGCGAAAUCAGGGAAAUACGGAGCUGAAAGCAGAGUUGGGAAAGGAAAGGAAGUAUUUGCAGGUAACAUGGGUAAUAAAUCAGAAAUAGACAUUGAUGCUUUUCGACACUACACUUUUGCUGACCAACCCAAAUGUUCCCAGUACAUAUCUGGACUCAUGAGCAUUCACUUCUAUGGUGCAGAGGAUCUGAAACCGCCGCGGAUGGACUCAAAAGAUGUCUUCUGCGCAAUUCAGGUAGAUUCAGUAAAUAAAGCAAGGACCGCUUUGCUGACUUGCAGAACAACAUUUUUGGACAUGGAUCACACUUUCAACAUAGAGAUAGAAAAUGCUCAGCAUCUAAAAUUAGUGGUUUUCAGCUGGGAGCCCAUGCCAAGGAAAAACCGGGUCUGCUGCCAUGGUACGGUAGUUCUUCCUGCUCUUUUUCGUGUGACGAGGACUCAUCAGUUGGCAGUAAAACUGGAGCCUAGAGGUCUUAUCUAUGUCAAGCUAACUCUUCUGGAACAGUGGGAGAAUUCUCUUGGUGGAACAGAUGGAGAACGAGAACCGAUACUCUUUGGAGUUGAUGCUCGGAAAGUUGUUGAGAAGGAAAAUGAAGGUUUGAUGGUCCCUCUCUUGAUGAAAAAGUGCAUUACGGAGAUUGAAAAAAGAGGUUGCCAG